AUGACGGUUAACGCGCAUACCCAAAAGAUUAAGUUCAAAACCGAAUCGGAGUACACCAUGAAAUCUAUAAGGUUUCUCCUAUUAACUAUAACGACGAUGUUUCUCAUAAUUGCUGGUUUAAUGAUCGUUUUGGGUAUAACAGUGUACACGCAUUAUCACAAUUUCUCGUUCUUUUACGAAGCAGCGAAAAGUGGCAGAUUCGUUACUCCCUCCCUGCUAUGUGUGCUUUUUGGAAUGGGGCUCUUUAUCGUUACUCUAUUUGGAUUCUUCGGCAGUUUGAAACAGAGUACGUGCCUGGUUAACUUGUAUGCCGUCUUCCUGGUCAUAAUGGUGAUAUUAAAGCUGGUGGUAGUUAUUCUAUCGUUUACACUAAGCACAAACCAGUUAUUAGGGUAUGUCACAGUACCUGUAGAAAAAUACGUAGACGACUCAGAGAUUGCCAGUGAAUUAGAUAUUUUACAAACUUCGCUCAAUUGCUGUGGCAGUUCUUCUUACACAGACUACAAAGGCAUGAAUUUCACUAGCGAACACAAUACGCUGGUAAUCACCAGUAACAACGCAACAAUCGUAGUGCCUGCAUCGUGCUGCGCCAAAAAUAAUGAAAAUCUGUGUACUAGGAUCAGGCCAAAUGGUUGCCAGAGUGCACUCGUCAAUAUGUUGGUUCAGAAUUCCAGUGUGAUCGGAGUUCUUGGUGUUUCUGUAACUUUUAUCCAGAUUCUCGGAAUAAUUUUCGCAUUACUAUUGGCCAGAUGCAUUCGCAAAAUGAAGAGCGAGAAGGCAUUGAUGCAGUGGAAAAUCAAGGAGCAGAUGAUUGUCGCUCGAAAUACAGAAGAGGAUGAUAACACUGUUUACAUUUCUCGCACUGAAUCCAGUCAGGCAUAG